CGCUUUCAUUUAAAGUAUAUUAAUAAAUUUAGGGACAGUGUUAAAAGUUUCCAGCUGGGAAAUAUGACCUGGCCAGUUCAUAUACAUAUUCGUAUAUGGGAAUAAUCAUUCAAGCAAGCAGACUCUGCAACCACUUUGAAGGCAUAUAAUAAAAUGUAUGUCGAAAUAGGCUGCAAAAUUCAGCUGCCAUAGGAACUUUUCAUCAGAAUCUCGCAGCUCUCGAACACCCUAACGUAAUUUAUAGUAUGUUAUGGUAUGUGUCACAUAUCUUGGCUAAUUCUUAUCAAAAGCGGACAACAAAAACAUAUAAUCACAGGAAUAGAUCUUUAAAAAAUUGAAAUAAUUAUAAUGCAAUCACAUUUCAAAAAUGGGGAAACAAAAUAGUAAACUCAAACCAGAAGUAUUGGAGGAUCUGAAACAAAAUACAGAGUUCACAGAUGCUGAAAUUCAAGAAUGGUAUAAAGGUUUUCUAAAAGAUUGCCCAAGUGGUCAUUUGUCAGUAGAGGAGUUUAAAAAAAUAUAUGGAAACUUUUUCCCAUACGGCGAUGCAAGUAAGUUUGCAGAGCACGUAUUUAGGACUUUCGAUGCAAAUGGAGAUGGGACUAUAGAUUUCAGAGAGUUCUUAUGCGCAUUAAGCGUAACAUCUCGUGGAAAAUUGGAACAAAAACUGAAAUGGGCUUUCUCAAUGUACGAUUUAGAUGGAAACGGAUACAUAUCCAGGCAGGAAAUGCUUGAAAUUGUCACGGCAAUAUAUAAAAUGGUUGGAUCAGUUAUGAAAAUGCCUGAGGAUGAGAGCACACCUGAAAAAAGGACAGAUAAAAUAUUUCGACAAAUGGACAGAAACAAAGAUGGUAAACUAAGCUUGGAUGAAUUCAUAGAAGGAGCAAAGAGCGAUCCUUCUAUAGUGCGACUUUUACAGUGUGAUCCGCAGGCACAUUAGCUUAAAUGUAAAUAGAAAUCAAGCAAUAAACAUUUAAACGUGAAUUCAAUGAAUAUUGUUUUGCAUAAAUAAUAUACUUUAAGCUAAUAAAACGAUAAUUCAAAAAAUUAUGUUAUAUGUCUUAAAUUUUCUUUAUUAAAUAAAGAUCGAAUAAAAAUA